AUGAACGCGUUUGCAAGUGGCCCAGGGAACUAUCGGAACAGAACCUUGAACGUAACAUCAAAAUGUUUGAACAUAAAUUAUAAUAUAAAGACCAUAGAAGAUGGUGCAUCUAUUUUUUGCCCCCAGUGUAAUAUCCCUUUUAACUCGAAGAUAAGAAUAAAUCCAUGCUACCAUAUUAUUUGUAAUAAGUGUUAUGAGCUAUGUGUACAACAACAGAGUUGUUUAUUAUGUAACAGUGAAAUAAACGAUGUCGAUUUUAUUUUUAUAAAUGAUAAAAUUUUUAUAUGUCCAUAUAACGAUUGUAAGAAAGGCUAUUUCAAUGAAAAGAGUUAUAACUACCAUAUAUAUUUUAAACACCAAUUUUUAAAAGAAAAUAAAUUGCGCAUGGAUGAUAGUAGAAGUAGAAGUAGUAGAAGUAGAAGUAGUCGAAGUAGAAGUAGUAGUAGUAGAAGUAGUAGUAUUAGUGAUUCACAGCAUGGCAUAGAUGGAUUAUCAUUAACAUCUCCUAGUAACGAAAUGGGGAGAAAUAAUGUUUUCAUCCCUUCUAGUAGUAGCAAUAUAGUAGGAUACAAUACCGGUGAUAUAAGUAAUAAAGAAUUAAUAUAUGAACAAAGAAAAAAUAAUAUGAACAAUUACUACAACGAUAUAGGAAGAGGAAACAAUGUAAACGUAACAGAAGGGAAGAAAGAUUCCUUUCCUAUGGAAAAAACUAAUACAACCAUGAUGAUGAUGAUGAUGAUGAAAAAUCAAAUGCAAGAAAAUAAUUUUAACGUUAAUAGUACAGUUCCGGACAGCAGCUUUGCUAGUGGUGCAACUCGUACAAAUAAAGAGGAACCGAUAAUUGGUAGUUACAACGGUAGUAGUGCUGCUAAUGCUAGCGGCCUUGAUGCUGGAGGUACGAAUGCUAGCUGCAGUGGUUUUAGAGGAGCUAGUGCUAAUGCUAGUCUAUGUGCCACCAGUUUAAAUGAUAACUUCACUAACCAAGUUCAAAUUGUAGACAAAUGGAAUUACACUGGCUUUCCUUUCAAAUCGAACUUCAACUCCUUUAAUAUUCCAUCAGAUGAAAAUAUACCCGCUAAAGCGAAUAACGAAAGCAGUAAGGAUAAUCAAGGGGAUGAUUAUGACAACCUGGAGGAUUUGAUGUGA